AUGAAGAGAUACCACCUAGAUAUACUUGGAAUAAACGAAUGCAGAUGGACAGAUUCUGGAAAAAUCAGAACCCAGACAGGUGAAACGAUACUGUUUUCUGGAAGAAAGGAUAACCAUCACAGUAAUGGAGUUACUAUUGCUAUAUCAAAAGAGAAAGCCAAGACAUUAUACGAAUGGGCACCCAUUUACGACCGCAUCAUAACUGCCAGGUUCUGGUCAAAGUAUAUAAAAACAACAUUAAUACAAGUGUAUGCACCUACCAAUGAUGCAGAAGAAGAAUCAAAAGAUAAUUUUUACGAACAACUACAGGGAGUCAUAGACAACAAUCCAGGCCAUGAUAUUAUAAUUCUAACUGGCGAUAUUAAUGCAAAAGUAGGUAACAAACAGGAAGGAGCGGAUGGAAUUGUUGGAAAGUAUGGUUUACACUCGGAAAGGAACGAUAAUGGAGAAAGAUUUGCAUCAUUUUGUGCCAUCAACAACUUUUGGCAAUAUCUUCAACAAUGUUUAAACAUAAAGACAUACACAAGCAGACAUGGACUUCACCAAAUGGUCAACACAAGAACCAGAUAG